AUGAACCUAAAAAUGGAGCAUUCAACUACUUCUUCGCCUGUCAUCAUUCGUGAUUGUAUCGAAUCUGAACGGCUCCGAUCUCUUGUUAUUGCGGGUGUUCCUGAGCUUAAGGACUCUGUUGUUAUGAAUAGGUUAUGUUACGAUUAUAAUAGUGUGCUUAACAUUCUAGCUCACUUAGAUAUAGAAUGCUUACCCGUCUCAGUUUACAGACUUAGGCCCGACUCGCAGUGCGACGGGCUCCCCGUCUUCGCUCCUUCCCUGGGAGAGGGGUCUUUCUUAAGAGAGUCCCUCUCGAAACCAGAGAGAGAGCGAAGGCGAGAAGAACGUCUACAUCGUUUUAACUCAGAUCGUUUUCCGAAAAAUUGCACUUCUCUUGACCUGGUGGCCGGAGGUAGGUACGAUUUAUAUCUCUUCACAGAAACUUGGCUCAAAAAACAUCACUCAUUAUCCUCUAUGCUUAAUGACUGGAUUGGUGACUAUGCUAUCUUGCGUUGUGACAGAAGCCGUAGAGCCGGGGGUGGAGUGGCAAUUUUAAUAAGAAAAACUAUAAACUACUCAGUUAUCUUUUGUGAGUCUGUUCCACAAGGGUAUGAAAUUCUUGCGACGGACAUUGCCACCCCUGAAUUUCGCUUUCGGCCAAAGGCUAUCAGCGAUCUAGCGGCUGCAGCAGUCCCGGUAAUUAUAAUAGGUGAUUUCAAUCUCCCAGAAAUUAAAUGGGAUCGAUGUAACGAUGUCGAAGAAUCGCACCACCCACUUGCAGAAACUUUCGUUUUGCAUGGUUUUAAGCAAUUUAUCGCUGAACCUACCAGAGGGAGUAACAUUCUAGAUCUAUUGCUUUCGAAUGACCAUGAAUUUAUUAAAAAUGUUACUGUGAGGUCUCCUAUUGGCGAAAGCGACCAUUUUAGUAUUUGCUUUGAUAUUUCGGUAUGCAUGCCACCUUUGAUUCCUGUAUUGAAGAGGUUAUUUUCUAAAUGUUUAGCUGAGGGCUGCUCCAAAUAUAAUAAAAACGUCGAAAAGAACAUCAUUCGCACUCAACGCUUUUACAACUUCAUGAGGUCUAGACUCCGUAAGGAGUCACAGUUUACGGAUUUGAAAUCUGAGGGUAAGUAA